GUGGUCUGAUAAACUGGUCAUCAGCCUGGCGUUGUCUGGAUCCAGGGUUCUGGUUCUGGACCAGAUGUUCCUUGACGGGAGCAAUGAGGACCAGAACCUCUGUGUUCUGAAGAACUAAAGAUCCGACCCGGCCCCCUGGACCCAGUUCAGCACCAGCUGGUCCCACAGCAGCAGAAUCGGGCCCUCCCGGGUCGGUUCUGCUCCGUUAAGGUUCUGCUGUGGUUCUGAGAUAUGAGAUCUAGUGAAAAGUUCUGGACGUUUACGAUGAAACCGGGUCGGUGCAGUCUGACCAGAACCAGGUUCCUCCUGUCCUAAACGGGCCCGGCCCGGCAAAGGUUCUGUUCUGGAUCAAAGAUCCAAUCAAGCCUGUAAAUCCUCCAGGAGAAAGAGGUGCUGUUCCUCAUCGAUACGUUCCACGUCUGACGCAGAACCAGUCCAGCGGCCUUCCUGGGUGGUUCUGGUUCUGACCCGGGUUCUGAUGUUCUGCAGGCUCAGAUUCAGCUGAGUGAAAUAUGGCGGAGACGGUGAAGUACGUGGACGACGAGCAUAAGAGCAUCUUCCUGAAGCUGCUGAACGAGCAGCGGCUGGAGGGCGAGCACUGCGACAUCGCCGUGGUGGUGGAGGACGUCAAGUUCCGCGCCCACCGCUGCGUCCUGGCCGCCUGCUCCAACUACUUCAAGAAGCUCUUCAAGAAGCACGAGGUGGACAACUCGUCCGUGAUCGAGAUCGACUUCAUCCGCUCAGACAUCUUUGAGGAGGUUCUGAACUACAUGUACACGGCCAAGAUCUCCGUCAAGAAGAAGGACGUCAACCUGAUGAUGUCAUCGGGGCAGAUCCUCGGCAUCCGCUUCCUCGACAAGCUCUGCUCCCAGAAACGAGACGUGUCGUCAGAAGAGAAGGAGAAGUUCCCCUAUGACAUCGUAAAGAUGGCGCUGCCCCCUGAAGCCCAGCUGGCUGCAGACGCUGAGGUGCUUGGUGAGCACGAUGACACGCCCGAUGCAGAUGACCUCGUGGAGGCGUCGACCAAUCAGGAGCUAGACAAGUCUCCCAAUGCAGCGCUUCACGUGCAGGAGGCCAUCUUGAAAGAACUAGCCAACGAGGACGUUCACAAAGUGGGCUGCUACAACCAGGACGUGGUGACAGAGAUGGAGGCGGAGCCUAAGGACCUGGGCUCGGAGCAUCACGCCACGCAGACGCUGACCUUCACGGACAGCAUGGGCGAGGUGAAGGACGAGCAGACACCCGGCUGGUCUGCAGCCACCACUGACAUGAAGUUUGAAUACCUGCUGUACGGACACCGGGAGCAGUUGUCCUGCCAGGUGUGCGGGAAGACCUUCCUGGACGAGAGUAGACUCAGAAAACACGAGAAGCUGCACUCAGCAGAGCGUCCGUUCGCCUGUGAGAUCUGCUCCAAAGCGUUCACCACCCACGCUCACCUGAAAGAACACCUGAAGAUCCACACCGGCUUCAAACCCUACAGGUGUGAGGUGUGUGGGAAGUCGUUCAUUCGAGCUCCUGACCUGAAGAAACACGAGCGAGUUCACAGCAACGAGCGACCCUUCGCCUGCCAGAUGUGUGACAAGGCCUUUAAACACAAGUCUCACCUGAAGGACCACGAGAGGAGACACCGAGGAGAGAAACCCUUCGUCUGCCCGUCCUGCACCAAGGCCUUCGCUAAGGCGUCGGACCUGAAGCGCCACGAGAACAACAUGCACAGCGAGAGGAAGCAGCUGAAUCCGCUGCAGAGCGACACCGAGGCGCUGCAGGCCGCCGCCAUGGCCGCCGAGGAGCAACACCUGGAGAACAUCGGCUGCUCCUAACGCCGGAGAACCGCGGCUGCUCCUCAGAACAGCCGGAGAACCUCGGCUGAUCCUCA